CAGGUAGUCCACCAUCUCCACCACACGGCUCUUUCAGUCUUCUUCCUUUGUCCAUCAUCACCAAACAAACUCAUUCCAGUCUUUCGCAGAUUUUUUUCCUUUUCUUGAGGGAUUUUUUUUUCUGAGAAGCUGUGAAUGGCUGACUCAGUGCCAGGUCAUGUCGCCGGCGGAGGUUUACAGGGUUUCUCUGUCGACGCCGAGUGCAUCAAGCAGCGUGUCGACGAGGUUUUACAGUGGGUUGAUUCGCUUGAGCAUAAACUGAAAGAAGUGGAGGAGUUUUACUCGAGCAUUGGUGUCUCAAACUCUGGCUCUAUUGGUAAAGAUACAGAAAAAGGGAGACAUGUUGUGGGGAUUAGGAAGAUUCAACAAGAGGCUGCGCGUAGAGAAGCUGUUGCUGCUAAAAGAAUGCAGGACCUUAUGCGUCAAUUUGGAACAAUCUUUCGUCAGAUAACUCAGCAUAAGUGCGCUUGGCCGUUUAUGCAUCCUGUCAAUGUUGAAGGUCUUGGUUUGCAUGACUACUUUGAGGUUAUUGACAAGCCUAUGGACUUCAGCACGAUAAAAAAUCAAAUGGAGGCUAAGGAUGGUACCGGGUACAAACAUGUCAUGCAAAUUUAUGCUGAUAUGCGGCUAGUGUUUGAGAACGCAAUGAAUUAUAAUGAAGAAACAAGUGAUGUUUACUCUAUGGCGAAAAAGUUACUGGAAAAGUUUGAGGAGAAGUGGGCACACUUUCUUCCAAAGGUUCAAGAAGAGGAGAAAAUACGAGAGGAAGAGGAGAAGCAAGCAGCAAAGGAGGCGCUGCUAGCAAAAGAAGCAUCUCAUAUCAAAACAACUAGAGAAUUGGGGAAUGAGAUUUGCCAUGCUAAUGACGAGCUGGAGAAGCUAAUGCGUAAAGUUGUGGAAAGAUGCAGGAAAAUCACAAUUGAGGAGAAGCGUAAUAUUGGAUUGGCAUUGUUAAAACUGUCACCGGAUGAUCUACAGAAAGUGUUGGGUAUAGUUGCUCAGGCUAACCCGAGCUUUCAACCUAGAGCAGAGGAAGUUAGUAUUGAGAUGGACAUACUGGACGAACCAACACUAUGGAGGCUAAAGUUCUUUGUGAAGGAUGCGUUGGAUAAUGCAAUGAAGAAGAAGAAAGAAGAGGAGACAAAGACUAGAGAAUUGAGUGGAGCACAAAAGAAAGAGGUUUCGAAGAAACGAAAUGCGACUACAAAGUUAGCUGAGAGGAAAACGAAGCGGUCACGCAUAUGAGUACCCAUGAACAUGAGAGACUGAUCUCUUUUGUAUAUUAAACGUUUUUGUAGUAGUACGUGGAUUUAACUAACAUUGACAAAUUGCAAAAUCUAGAAAUAAAGCUUUCGUCUUUAUGAUUCUAUUUGGUCUA